AUGAUUGAAGACUCUCUAGGCCAGCUAGUAUGUGGAGGCUUUCAGGGUACUACCGUCACUCGACAGGCAUACGAAUUGAUAGUCAAAUAUAAGAUUUCAACAAUGAUUUUAUCGAGAAAAAACGCCCAUUCGGUCCAGCAGAUGUCUCAGCUCAUCCAUGAUCUCCAAUACAUCGCAUUCAAGCAUGCGAACUACAAAUAUCCCCUUGCUUUUGCUAUUGACGAAGAAGGUGGCAUGUUGAACUCGCUAUUCGAUCCAGAGAACCUCACACAAUUUCCGGGUGCCAUGGCACUUGCUGCCACCGGGGACACCGAACUUGUUUACGAGGUGCUGAAGGCUAUUGCCAUCCAAUUGAAGCAGAUAGGCUUUUCGAUCAUAUUGGGCCCGGUGCUUGAUGUGAUUACCAAAUUAUCCCACCAGUUAGUUUCUGUUCGGGCUUUCGGGACCACCGUCGAUGAAGUCAUCAAAUACGGCAAAGAGUGUGCUCGGGGAUUACGAGAUGGUGGUCUUAUUACUGUGGGAAAGCAUUUCCCCGGGAUGGGAAAUGCCAGUGUGGAUUCCCUCCUUGAGUUGCCUAUGAUGACCGAUUCACUCGACGAAAUCAGACGCUUGAACCUGGUUCCAUUUGCUGAACUUAUUAAAGAAAAUCUCUUAGAUGGCAUAUCUGCAGCAGGAUGUGGAGUGCCUACCAUUUCUCCAGAUGAAACCCACGCAUGUUUACUGCCUGUAUUGUUGACGCAAUUGCUUCGAAAAGAUUUGGGCUUCCAAGGCUUUGUCAUCAGCGAGUGCUUGGAGAUGGACGCACUUUACCACCUGAUUGGUCUUGGGCAAGGUGUGGUAUUGGCUAUUUAUGCUGGAUGCGACUUAGUGAUGGUAUGCCACGACUUCAAGCUCCAAGCCGAGGCCAUAGAAUCCAUAGCGAAAGCAUUGGCGAAUGGAAUGCUCGAUGAGGAUAUCAUCAAUGCGUCUUUGAAGCGUCUCGAGGCUGUAAAGCGCAGAUUGCCUUCGUGGGAUGAAAUCUUUCCAAAUGGCGAGGAAAGAGGGGUUCGCUUGUUCAAGGAUGAAUAUCCAGACUUGUGGGCCCAACACCAAAAUCUCUCAGAAAUCGCAUAUAGGAGCUCCAUAACUCUCGUUAGGGACUAUGAGGGUGUGCUUCCACUCACGCAAUUCGUUGGCGAAGAACCCAACCAGAAUAUUCUUCUUCUCACACCUCUACUUAAUCCAGUUUAUCCGAGACACGGAGAUACUGUCAAAGAUAAGAAGGUUUUGUAUACUGGUGAGGAAGUGUUCCAGGGAUUUGGUGAACUACUAGCACUGUACCAGACGGAUAAGUCUAAGAAGUUCAAUGUUCUUCAUACAACAUAUACGGCAAAUGGGCUAACUGCAUUGCACGAGCUGUUAAUUGAGAAUUCUGCUGCAGUGAUCAUCGCAACAUCUGAGGCUCUGAGGAACAUGUAUCAGAUUGGAAUAGUCAAGUAUGUGUCUAUUCUAUGUGGAGCCACACCACAGUCGUUUUCAAAGUCAAAGGAUCAGGUUCUGCUAGCCAAGCCUUUGGUCAUUGUGGCUACCCUGUCGCCAUAUGACUUUUUUUAUAAUAAGAGCAUUGGCUCUGCUUACUUGUGCUGUUUCGAUUACACAAAGAAUGCCCUUACCGAGUUGGCAGGAGUACUCAUGGGUGCACAUACUGCCAAUGGGUGCAUUCCUGGAGAAAAAAAAUUUUUAGUUGCAAAAUCGAAAAAGAGACGCUCACUGAGUGUAACCAGUCCAGAUCGCCAAUUCAUCAAAAUCCGCAGAGCACAUCCACCGAAACGUCGGUGGUUGGUGGAUGAGUUUGACCUCAACCGCGAUUGGAGAGGCUUAAUCAAGCUUUUUAAAACCAAUCUGAUAGCCCCACAUUCGGACGGAUACUUCAGAUUACUAGUUCUGCUUCUACACCUGAACACGUCUGCGCAGAAGCACUUUGUUAUCCGUAAUUCGUCACUCAACAUACUUUAUGGAGUGGUUUUGACAUGGGUUGAGGAAGCGGUUGCGUCCAGUGGUACUGAGAAUGAGAAGAUCGGCCGAAUCGCUUAUAUUUUGGUGGACAAGGCCAAGAGACUUCAACUGGUGGGGAAGAAUCUUCAUGCUCGAGCAGUACGAUACCUUUUCAAAGAAGCAGGGUGUACGUCGAUCUAUUUGGGUAGUCUGUUCCCUUUGCUCGAGUUUUCUGAGAAAUCACAUGUUUUGGCAGACCCAAGAGCAGUGAUCUUCUUCAAUAACUCUGGUUGGGAUUUGAGUGCUUCUUCUCGACUGAAACAAGCUAAUGUUGUGAUUUUGAAGGAGCUUUCAGCGUGGACAGUACCACAGAAAAUAUUCAGGGAAUUGACGAUUGUGGGUGUCCGGUUUGAUAUUUGCAUGCAACCAGACAAGCUCCAGGCACUUAUUGAGAGAGCGACUAGCAAUGUCACUCCAGAGAGCGGAGCAGGUUCCAACGGAGAUCCUCCACCACUAAACACAGAGGAACAAACCGACCGGAACCGUCACACACGUUACUUAUAUCAGGAAGCCAUCAAUUGUAUGACUGGAGGUUCCCCUUACGAGGUAAAAAUUAUCAUUGCACUCGAGCCUACGAAUCAGAGUGUGAUUGGAAGUAUAGUGCUCUUCACCAACAAAAGUUCACUAGCACGUUUCUAUCCGUUUAUGGAAGAACUUGGAAACGGCAAGAAAGGACAUCUAACCGGAGGCAUUGUUGGUCCUGUGAUAGACCCGUCAUACCUGAACUUGACAGAAAUUUUCAAGUUCGGCUUGAUUUGCUCAGGGAUCACCUACUUGCGAUCCAACCACUCUGACCUGUCUUCAGAGCGCAUGGAGCAGUGCGUGAUGGUUGACGUGAUAGACGACAAGUUACUUUCUGGGGUUAAGGAUAUGGGAUUUGAGCCAUACCUGGUGUAUCAUGAUUAUUACGAUAGAGUCAGCGAUGUUUCUAUGAUGAUAGGAGAGUAA